CUCGUCAGGAAUCAACUCCAUAUUGUAUUGAAAUUGUUGCACGAAUUCAUUAGUCAGGUCAUCCCAGUUAUUCCACUUGUCGGUGUCUUGGUCAACAAACCAUUCUGAAGCUAGACCUGAAAGACUCUCACCAAAAUAUGUCAUGAGUAAUUCUUCCCUCCCUCCAGCGCCCUUUAGAUGGUUGCAAUAGUUUCUCAAAUGUGCUACAGGAUCGCCAUGUCCAUCAUACUUCUCAAACUUCGGCAUUUUAAAACCAAAAGGAAGAUGUACACCUGGAAACAUGCACAGAUCUUUAUAUGAGACACUUUUGUCCCCCCCCAAGUCCUUACAAGUUUUUCAUAGUCAGUUCCAAACUUCUCAAUUUUCUGGCUAUUUCCUCUUGUUCUUCUAUCAUAACAGGUUUCUCAGUGUUAGGAGAAAAUUCAGGCGAUUGAGGGCAAUCGUAAGGACCAGUCCACUUAAAUGUGGGCUCGGGAGCGUAAUGAUGAUCACUAAAAAUAUUCAAUACAGGGUCGCUUGAAGAGUGAGGAAUCACAACCAUUGGAUUGACAUUAAAAGCAGGAGCUUCAGACGGGAGUGGGGCUGCAAAAGCAUGAAUAACAGGCGAAGCCGAGCAUGUGGUAAUUUUGGAUUGAGGAGUGAGGAAAUGAACAUUGGAAGUGUUUGGAUACUGUUGCCCUCGAGUAGGUCCUGAUGCAUGUUGUGGCGUGUCGAUCAAAAUAGGAAAUUGUGCAUGUGACACUGGAGGCAAACUAGAAAGAUAUUUCAGAUUAUCUGCAGAAAAUAGAGGAGGCGACAACCCAUUAGCCGAAGCUCGAUGCAUUUCUAUCAUUUGUUGCCUCAAUUUCCGAAUCUCUUCAUUAGCUCCUACAUUCUCAUUCCCCAAACUCCCUAUCUGAUUAGUGACAACAAACUCGGUAUCCUUGUUGGCCAUAACUUUCUCUGUGACUUGGACCAAUAUGGAGGACCAGCCAAAAUACCACAAACCAACCACCAUAAACUAACUGGACAAGAGAUAGCAAAUGCGUUAGAGUUCAAUGAUUUUUCAAAACCUCUUAUUCUUUUUAUAUCUUGAAAAAAAAAUCACCGAACCCUAGAAGGGCGCCUACGUAUCUCACCCCCGAAAGAGGAGAAUCAGGUGUGCGUAGUUCGUGAAGUUUUGCCAAAAUGACCAAUUAAACUCUUUUUUCUUUCUUGAAACAAAGUGUCAAAAGAAUUGGCAAAAAUCUUUUUGCAUUUUUUUUAAGUUUAAAUCUCUAUACAAAAUGAAACCUGUGAUAACCAAAGAAAAAUCUUUUUGGGUUUUCGAUUUUUGAAUUUCAUGUGAAAAUGAAACUUGAACCUAUUAAAGAAAAAUAUUUUUGUAGUUUUCUUUUAAAGACAUAUAUGAAACGCCUACUCUAAAUGGAGAGUGAAGAAAUAUUUUUUGGAUUUUUUAAAUAAGAUCCUCGAACCAAUAAUAGGCUGCCUACGUAUCUCACUCCCGAAAGAGGAGAAUCAGGGGUGCGUAGUUCGUCCAGAUUGGACAAUUAAUGAUUAAAUAACAGGCUAGACCCUGACUUAAGAGACACGACCAAAGACAGACGAUGAACCAUGUCAAUAAAAUCUUUUGAGUUUUCAUUUUGAUUCUUCACAGAAAAAUGACAUCAACAACUAUGAAAGAAAAUUUUUUUUGGUAUUUUCGUUAUACGAAACGUAAAAAAUUUCUGACAUCUUUUUUUUUGCAGUUUUCUUUUAUAAACACAUCCUAUGAAUGAAAAAAAAUCUUUUUGAAGUUUCGAAUUGUGAAUGCAUGCUAAACGAGACAAAGGAAAAUCAUUUUGAUGUUUUUGAGAAAAUAAGUGAGAAAGGUAAAAAAGUCCUUUUGAAUUUUGGAAUUGUGAAGAAUAAAAGUAAUAAAAAACUCUAAAAACUAUGAAACUCUUUUUUUCUUUUUUCUUAUUUUUUUUCAUUACCCACACACUUUACUUCUAACACAUGUUUUUCCCAAAUCAGUCCAUCAAAUGACCACGUUAUCCUCAAAGAUGCAAUAUUUUGCACAUAGGGAUGCGUUAGAGGUGAGUCUCCUACAAAGGACCAAGUGGGCCCCGCUAGGUCUCAAUAUGAUGCACAUAAGCAUGAACUAAAAGCUUACCUACGUUGGGGUUCACUAACAAGGUUGUUCGGGGGAGCGUAUGGUCGAUAGUGGCUACGACAGCUUUCCACCUACUCCAUAACACCGAUGGCUCCCCCCCUAAAAUAAGGGUGACUCAACUAGAGAUCGUGUACAACACGUGUACUACAGACUUGUUGCAGAAAGAAGGUCGGGGGUAGACACAUGAUGCCAGAUAUAAAAGCGGUAACACAUAGGAUAAAUACUGUACACAAAGAGCACGAAAACAUUCCAUAAUGAUAAAACAAUAACACAAUACAACACACAAAAAAAAAUAUUUAUACACUUAUAGUUCCAAACAAAGUCGAUACGACUCCAAAAUAAGCUCGAAUUCUGAACAAGUUCCCCAGCAAAGUCGACAGAGCUGUCACACCCCUUUUCGACUCCAAAAGAUUAUGGAUUAAGUUUCGAAAGAGUUUUUGUAAUUAAGUGACAAAAUGAAGAAUUUUUGUUUCGAAAAGGGAUUAUUUACAUUUUUUAUUCAGAGUCGCCACUUGAUAUAAAUUAGGUGUGCCAAGUCACCUUUGGAAAUCUGUUUUCAAAACAGUUUGACUCUAAAACUGAUCCGCGAAUAGAGAUUCCAGCUAAGGAAUUCUGUUGACCGAAGGGAAGGUGUUAGGCACCCCUCGAUCCCGUAGUUCAACCACGGUCGCUUGGUGAAGCAUAUCGGCUAAUUUGAAUACUAUGAAUGUAUAAACCAAACAAAACACACAAAUCAAACAAACAAACAAAUCAAAUGAAAUUCAAAAACCAAAAUAAUGUCAGUUCGAUUUAAUACAAUCCAAAAAUAAAGAAGAUGCAAAAAUGUAAAUCCUAUUCUAAACUAAUCCUACACUAUGCUUUACCCGACACCUCGAGUCUUCAUCACGAUUAUCCUCCGCAAUCAUGAUACGUCGGGGCAUUCCCCGGUGAAUAAACACAAAUAGCUCGGGGCAUUCCCCGGCCAAAUGGUACAUUUGUUCCAAAAGAAAUAAAACCAAGCCAUUCAACACAUGUCAAGCAUUCAAGAUUUCACAAUUCUUACAUUUGCCUACCCAACUCGGUUUAUGAUUCUAUCACGUUCAACAAUAUUCAUGCUGAUUCCGAAUUAAACAAAACAACAAUAAACCAAAAUUAAUCUAAAUUCACCUUUUUUAUCAAUUUCUCAAUUCCACCCCCAAAUUCCUUUUCAAUACAAACCCACAUUCAUAUUAUCAUCACCUACAAUUGAUAUCAAUUAUUAAAAAGCAAACAACAUCCAAUCAUCACCCAAAUAUCCAAACAAAUAGGACAAAGGCAUCGAAUCACAUCCACAAUCACAUCGAAAUUAAAAUAAAGAGAAAGAUGAGAAAAAUUGACCUCAAAUGAAGCUUUCGAACUCAAUAUUAUUCGAAUAAGAGAAUCCACACCCGAAAACCUCAAAUGAACCUCAAUGACGAAUCCAGUCCAACUACGAUAUAUUCGACCCCGACAAAAUCACAAAAAAAAAGAAGGCACGAACCCAUUUCCCUAUGCAUGAUUCCGCCUCAUCGUUCUCCGACGGGUUUUAACAGAAAAGGGGAAGGAAUAGGCUUUUUGGGUCGAAAAAUAAGGACGGGGGAAGUCAGUUUGUUGUUGUGACUUCGCUGGAGCUCCGGUGAGCUCUGGCAGUGACGAAAAUCGGAGAGUGGGUCACGUUUUCUGUUGCUUCAACGUUUUCCAGCGAGAAAUUCGCCGGAAACAGUCAGGCUCAACGCCCUUUUCUCUCUGUUCUUUCUCAGUUACGGUCUCUCUCUUUCUCCGAUUGAUUUCAGCUCACCAUCGCCCUUCUCCCUCUCUCUUUGAUCUCACGAUUUCUCCCUUGCUCUAAUCUCUUGUUCUCUAUCUCCUUCGUCUCUCGUUUUCUCCACCCCGUGCGUAUGAGUGUGUUACUGUGUUUAUGGUAAGGAUCAGUGAUGGGAAUGAGUGGUGUGUGAAAAAAAUGGAAGGGAAUUUUGUGUGCUUCCCCUUCGUAUAUGGCAAUGGUGAUAGGUAUAUGUGAUAGUGAAUUAUGGAGAUGGAUGUUGAUGGUGUGGACCCUCCAGAGGUAAAGAAAAUCUCGUAAGGUGUAUGUUCUUCUCCUCAAUUGUGUUAACUGUCAAGAGGAAAAAGAAAAAAUUGAAAUCUUUUUUCCCAGUGGGGCCCUUGUGAGUGGAGAAAAUGUAUAUUGUAUACUUUUUUGAGUGAUGCCCACCUUUACGGUGAGUGUAGUGCAUUCCAUUUUUGGAUGGUAGGUGAUGAAACAACUCCAUGGGCCCCACCUCUAUUUGUUAUCUUGUGAAUUGAUUUCAAAGUGAAUAAAAUGUGAGGGGUAAGGGUUUCGUGGGUGGGGUGGUGAGGUAGGGUAGGUGGGGUAGGUUGGUUAGGAUAAGGUUGUUAAUUUGUAAGGGAGUUUGUUAUUUUUUGUAUUUUUGUAAGUAUGAUCACAUGGAUGGAAAUACGUGGUAAGACGUGGUAAAAAUGAGGAGAUUGAGUAUCGGAAGGGACAAAAUUACGCGUCUACAAUAAAUAAUUGAUUUUGUUGUGGAAAGUCACUGCUACGUGUUUCUUUCAUUGAUUCCUUCCUCUGUAGUGUGAAAGUGAUCUUCAGAGAAUUAAAAGCCUUACAACAAAGCAUUUUGUUUAUUCGAUCUAUCGCCAUUUGUGUAUAUGUGUUUCACUGAGAAAUCAAUUUAAAUUCAAAACCCAACCAGUUAAGUAACAAAAUAGUAUAUAAACUCACGCAAAACGUUCAACUUUGUGAUCAUUCAUACUCACUAGUCUUCCUUCUUCUUUUCGUUCGCGUGCAAAUAUGGAUCUUCACGAGUCAAUCACUAACCAGACGGACGUUACUUUCAUGGUCGCUAAGCAUGUUUUCUCAAAAGAGGUUAAAGGCGAUACCAACCUGGUGUUAUCUCCUCUUUCUAUUCAAAUAGUUCUUGGCCUCAUUGCUGCCGGCUCCAAGGGACCAACACAGGAUCAGCUUCUCGAUUUCCUCAAGUCCAAAUCUAUCGAUGAACUCAACUCUCUUUAUUCACAUAUUGUCAACACUGUCUUUGUUGAUGGCAGCCCCAAUGGAGGUCCACGUCUGUCUGUUGCUAAUGGUUUUUGGAUAGAACAAACGCUGCCGCUCAAGCCUUCUUUCAAGCAAGUUGUGGAUAAUGUUUAUAAGGCUGCUUCAGAGUCCGUUGAUUUCACGAACAAGGCUGCCGAGGUUGUCGAUCAAGUCAAUCAGUGGGCUAAAACGAAGACAAAUGAUCUCAUCAAAGAGAUUCUUCCUCGUGGCUCAGUGGACAACAUGACAAGGCUGAUCUUGGCUAAUGCACUAUAUUUUAAAGGAGAAUGGAAUGAGAAGUUCGAUACUUCAGAAACAACAGACCAUGAAUUCUAUCUCCUCAAUGAAGGGUCUAUUCGAGCCCCGUUCAUGACAAGCAAAGAGAAGCAGUACGUAGCAGCGUUUAAUGGCUUUAAAGUGUUGAGGCUUCCUUAUAAACAGGGUACAGAUACACGUCGCUUCUCAAUGUAUUUCAUUCUCCCAAAUGCACAUGAUGGAUUACCUGCUUUAGUGGACAAAAUCAGUUCAGAACCUGGAUUCUUAAAUCACCACGUUCCGUUUAGAAAAGUUCGUCUGAGCCAGUUUCUUAUCCCUAAAUUCAAAAUAACUUUUGGAUUUGAAGCUUCCAACAUUCUAAAGGGACUUGGCCUAACGCUGCCUUUCUGCGGAGGUGAUCUCACUGAGAUGGUUGACUCCUCUAUUCCUGAGAACCUGUCGGUUUCACAAGUCCUCCACAAGUCCUUCAUUGAGGUAAAUGAGGAAGGAACCGAAGCUGCAGCUGUUACCGGGACUAUAUUGAUGGCCGCGUCCUUGACUAUUGAGAAGCCAGUAGAUUUUGUUGCGGACCAUCCAUUCAUGUUCCUUAUAAGAGAUGAAUCUACUGGUGUGGUGUUGUUCCUUGGAAGCGUGAUGAAUCCUAUAGCUGGUUAGCUGACUGACACAACCAAAAAUGACUCUGGAAAGAAGGAAAGCAACAUAUGAAUCUCUGAAUUCACAUUAUCAUUCACAUUCGCAAAGAAUGAUAGAUCUAUCAUCUAUAAGGACAAAUUUCAGUGGCGCGAUGUAUCCAAAUAAUCAGUCUUCUGAUCUUUUUGUUACUUAAAAGUAUCUCUGACAUCUAAUGUUAUUUCAUUUGUGCUUGCUUUAUUUGUGUAUUUUGAUAUGAUAAAGAGCUCGAAAGUAAUUAGAAGUUUGUAAUUUCAUCUAUUGUACUUGUUAGGGACUCACAUGUUAGGUAGCUUAGUUUUCUUUUCUAUCAAUAAUGUUGAAGGGCUGUUAAAUUAGAUAAUUCAAAUCUUUUGGACAAGGAAGAAAUGGAGAAAUUAAUGCAACAAGUGUCCUCACUAAGUAUGUUGUUUUUCUUAAUACUAGCAAAUUAAGAAAGUACAUUACUUUGA